AUGGCAGUUCCACACUAUGCCUACCUCAAGAUGAAGAUGCCAGGAACUAAGGGCAUUAUCACCAUAGCUGGAGACUACAAGAAGUCGGCCGAUUGUGCUGUAGCCAGCAGCCGGUUGGCCGAGUCCCUGGUGAUCGCCGCUGAUAAGAAGCUCAUGGACCGGGUGGUAGCCAUGGCCAGCAAGCAGCCGGACCUGUCACCAGAACCCAAAGAGUCAGAGACCCAGGGCUCUUUCCAGCCAGCCAAAGAAACAAAGAAGAUUUCCUUGGACCCUGAGCACCUGGAGACGCACGCUGUCAUAGGUGCUAACCUAGAUAGAAAAUAG